ACGUCUUGCAUUUCACAGAGAUAUGACUGUGCUAAUGGAAACAGGCAUUUUUACACGCACGAUCACAGUGUCGAUAGUCACACGGUUAUAACAAAUUCAAAAUUGCAGAACGGAGGCGCGGUAAACUCAAAAUUUAAUCAAAAGUUGUUUUCAAAUUAGGCCUACCUCUACUGAUUAUUAGUGUGGGAGAAAACAAAGAUGCCUGGACAGCCAUCAAAGUCCAUGAAAGAAGUGUUUGAGGAAUGCCAAAAAGGUGUACAAUCACAUAAUAAACUUAUUAAGGCUCUGAAGACAACUUAUGAGAAGACAACAGAUAAAGAGGCAUUCAGAGAGGAAUUCAUCAGUUUUCUUAAACAUGCUAUGAUCGUCUUUAAAAAGGAGCCCGUCGUGGAACGUACACUUGAGUUUGCUGCAAAAUUUGCUGUGUCGUUUGUUGAGGAAGACUCUCAAGAGGAGAGUGAAGAUUCUCAACCUGUAGAUGAUGAAGACAAUAACUUCAGCUUGUUUCUCUUUAGAUUUCUCUUGAAGUCUCACAAAGCCAGGGAUCGAGCAGUACGUUUCCGUGUUUGCCAGCUGAUCAACAAAUUACUGGUUAGCAUGCAAGAGGAUGCCCAGAUUGAUGAAGAUCUAUUUGACGACAUUUAUCAGUGCAUGCUUGUACGGUUGAAAGAUAAGUUUCCAGCUGUGCGAAUCCAGGCAGUUACUGCCCUCGCUCGACUCCAAGAUCCAUCGGACUCAGAUUGUCCUGUUAUUAAUGCAUAUAUGUUCUUCCUGGAGCAUGAUGCUGUACAUGAAGUAAGACGAGCUGUGUUGUCUUGCAUAGCACCCUCUACGAGAACAUUACCCACAAUCAUCCAGCGAAUACUUGAUACUAAGGAUUCUGUACGCAAACUGGCUUACCAGGUUAUUGCUGAGAAAGUCCAUGUCAAGGCAUUGACGAUUGCACAACGAGUGCGAAUUCUAAAAACUGGAUUGUCAGACCGCUCUGAAAUGGUUCGUGAAACAUGUGCUUCCAAGAUUAUCACAGCGUGGUUGCGGACAUUUGAAGGCAACGUGCUGGAGCUCUUGAAGUGCCUUGAUGUGGAGAACUCAUGUGAGACGGCAGAGAUGGCAUUGAAGAAGUACAUGAAGAGAAUACCACCUGAAGAAUUAGUGGAAAACUUCGAUCUUUUGAAUGGAAGACUUGUCAUUGAAGAAAGUUCAUUAACCUGUGAGAAUGUCCUCUACUGGCGGUGUCUAUGUGAACAUCUGAAUUCACUCGGUGGCCAAAACAUUGAUCUCCUUGACAAGCUGUUACCAACAGUUUCAUACUUCGCUUCGUACAUCAAUAGUUAUCUACAGGAGUUCACAGUUUCCUCAUUAGAUGUGACAAAAGUGGAAGAGACUUUAAAGUCUGAGUUCAUAGGUGAACAGUUGUUGAUUUUGACAAACAUCUUGGAUUUGUCUGAUGAAGUUGGCAGGAAAGCUUUAAGGUCAAUAGUGCAUGACCUGAUGAUUGCACCAAAUAUCCCAGCAUCCCUCACUCCCCUUUUGAUGAAACUGAUGGUGAAGCUGCUAGGCAACCAGGAGGAACUCAUCCAGCAGAUUGCAGAGAUCAUUUCUGAAAUAAGAGCGCCAAUAAUUACAACAAUUCAGAAGACACCAGAUAAAGAUGAAUGUCGACAGAAAGAAUUGAAGUUGGCCAGUGUUCGCAUGUUGUUGAAUGAAGCUCGGGAUGAACUGGAGACCUGUGUAGAGGCUCAAGAGUUUGGCAAAGCAGCAGAACUCAAGGACAAAGUUGCAGACCUGGAGAACACCAAGGAAACGCUGACCAAGGAAAAAGAACCACAAGUGGAGGAGAUUCAAACAGAAAAAAAUGAUCCUCAAACCCUUGUGAAAUGCUUGACCAUAGCAAGUGAAAUGCUUCAACAUUUACAAAUGAGGUCAUUCAACCCUACCCUGAGGACACUUAUUGAUACAUUGGUUCUACCAGGCAUUUUACAUGAGCAUGAGCUAGUAAGAGAUGUUGUCGUUCGAUGCCUGGGCCUAGCCUGCCAAAUGAACCGGGACUUUGCACGACAGCAUCUACUACUCUUUUUACAGGUUUACCAAGUUGAUCAGAAUGAGGUUAAGGUCACUGCCCUCAAGGUCAUUUUUGAUCUUCUGUUGACCUACGGAUUUGAAACCUUCAAAAUUUCAUUUGUCGGCCAAUCAGAAAGCUCAACUGAAUCUGAUGAAGACCAGAAGGGGGAGGGUGAUCAGAACAAUGAAGAGAAUAGCAGCAAAACAGCUAAUAGUCUGCUGAAUAUUCUGAUCAGGAUUUUAGAGAGUGAGAAUUCUGAGUUACGCACUGUAGCCGCCGAGGGUUUCUGCAAACUCAUGCUGUCUGGUCGUGUCAUCAGUUCAAAGUUGAUAUCCAGACUUGUUCUUCUUUGGUACAAUCCAACAACGGAAGAGGACCACCAUCUACGCCACUGCCUUGGCACCUUUCUGCCCAUGUUUGCUUUUGUGGCUAGACGCAACCAGGAAUGUCUUGAGGAAGCAUUUCUGCCAACACUGGAGACACUGUUUAAUGCUCCAACCACAUCCCCUCUUUCCAAAGUAAAUGACUCUAAUGUUGCUGACCUGCUCAUCCAACUGAUGGACCAGCGUAAUUUGCAAAACUUUGCUCAGGAGAACUUACAGGAGAGCAGUGUUCAUGACAGCCUAGGCCUCAAGAUCUGCAACCAUGUGCUAAGCAACCCUGAUGCCCCUGGAUGCCGUGUCUUAAUCAAGUCUCUGAACAAGCUAUACAUCACCCCUACAAUACACACCACCACCUUCAAAGAUAUGUUGACGCUGCUGCAACAAAUGUUAGAGGUAAUUGACGAUAAAGUGAGCAAAAAAAUUCUGGACAAGUUGAAGGCCAGCUUAACAGCAAUGAUUGUUGAUGAAAUACCAGAACCAUCAGCAAGCAACGAGAAGGCUCCAACCGAAGCUGUUGAAGAGAAGACGAAUGUCAUUGAUGGAAAUAACGACAACGAAGAAAUGGGAAAUGUAGAGGAAGACAAAAGCAAGGAAGGAACAGAUGAUACUCAAGAAUCGAAUAAUACACCAAUGGAAGUUGAGACCAAUGGUAAUGGUGAUAGUGUUGGUAGUGAAGAACGGAUUAAUACAAAGGCAUCCAAGACCAAGAAAAAUAGAGAUGAUGAAAAUAAAGAGCCAGUGAUAGUUGUGAGGCGGUCGUCACGGAGAAAGAAAGCCACUAAGCAAUCUGUAAAAAAGAAACCCAUUCGAUGUCAAUUGUAUUCAGAUUCAGAAAGUGAUACUGAGGACUUUCAAAAUUUAAAGCUACCACGCAAAGUAAAGGCUUUGAGCGAGUUAAAUCUAAGCGACAGUGAUUAACUUCCUCCAGUAGUAUCAUCUCAUUGGAAACAACAAGUGUUUAAACUUCUUUUUCAUGUUGUACAGUAUUUUAUAAUUACAGUAGUAUUUAGUAUUCCUAGACAAUUAAAAAAA